CGAAUCCCUGUAAAAUUACGUAUUUUGUAUAACUAUUUUAUACAUUCUCUUUGUUUUGGAAGAUUUUGUAGAAAUCAGACUUUUAAGCUCAACUCUUUAGUCAGUUUAAAUUUGUAUUAGUAGUUUUCUUUCAAAGUUUUGUUUUAGAAGAAAAAUAUUUUGGAAGUUUUUUUUCAUCAACAAAAUUUGAGGAAAGUAUGAGUUCAACUAACAUGGUUGAUCUUGAGAAACAGUAUACAAAAUUUAAAACUUGUGUGAAGAUAUGGGAAACGAAUUUUAUGAAGAAAAAUAGCCGUAAACCCAAUAAGACUGACAUAAAUGAAGCUAGCUCAACAAUUCGAGAUGCUUACAAAAAUUAUAGGACGUUAAAAACUAAACUUCUUGAAAAUACUGUUACAGAUGCUAUGUGCAGUAUUCCUGUAGAAAAUUUUCAUGUUGGCUCUAAGAACGACUCUGAAGAUUGCACAGAAGAUGACAAUAUUUACCAUAACAAAAUCCAGAAUUCGACUGAUACAUGUUUAUGUAAAGAUUUAGUUGAUGAUAUUAAUACAAGUGAACAAAAUCGACCACGUCAAACAUUUAUAUCAAAUUUUUAUUAUGAGCACUGCAAAAAAAAUGACAAUUCUAUAACACAUAAAUCAACAUUUCAUCUGUCUCAAAACAGAUUUGACAAUUUCUGUGGUCGUUAUCCCACAAAAAGUAAUCCCAAACAUGAUAAUAGCUCUCAAAAUCAACUGAAUAAUAUUUUUGGUGAGUUAUUACAGAAUGAGCAGAUUCAAAAUAGCUCUAUUCCAUAUGCAACACCUCAAAAAGUAAUUUGCAAACCUAAGAAUACUUUUCAGCAAAUUAUGGAACGUAUCCCUCAAACUUAUUGCAAACAAAGUUAUGUAAAUAAUUUAAAUAAAUUCAAUAAUUUUAGUAGUUGUGCAGAAGAUGGAAAGAGUGAAACCUCUAGCUUAUUUGACAUGAAUCAGUUUCAUAGUGAAAAGGAUGUAGUUCAAGAAUUGUUCAUCUUCAUGUACCAAAGUUAG